CAAACCGGUCUUCUUCUCCGAUCACCUUUUUAUCGCAAUCCCUCUUCUUUUUUUUUUUCCUUCGCUAGACAUUUCUGUCUUAGGGAAUUCAUUCCCCUGAGUGCUUUGUUGUGUAUGGCCAGAAGUCUAUUGGGGAAUGAGUUGUCUGAUCUAUGUCUUGGCAAGCCUGCCUUGAGGUCCCUCUCCGUUUCCGACACGGUGGCCGACGCCUUGUCCGCGCUUAAGAGAUCCGGCGAUACCUACCUCAGUGUAUGGAGCUGUAAUCAUAGCCUGGAAGGAGCGAACAACGGUGCCGCCGUCGCCGUCGCCGUCGCCGUCGCCGCCGCCGGUAUCGUCGACGAUUGUCGCUGCAUCGGCAAGGUUUGCCUUGCGGAUGUGAUUUGCUUCUUGUGCAAGGAGGAAAACCUCACGAAUCCUGGAUCUGCACUUCAAUCUCCGCUUUCCGUUUUGAUUCCUAAAUCUCCAAAGCUUGUUAGGCAUCUGGAACCAAACGCAAGCUUGGUGGAGGCUAUUGAUUUGAUUUUGGAAGGAGCACAAAAUAUUGUAAUACCACUUGGCUCGGGGACAAGAAAUUCAAGGAAGAAGCUCCUCCACAAAUCUUCCUCCAAUUCAACCCUCCACAAGAAUCAAGAAUUCUGCUGGCUCACUCAAGAGGACAUAAUUCGUUACCUUCUCAAUUCCAUCGGUCACUUCUGCCCCACCUCCGUCAACCCAAUCAAUGCUCUGGGCAUCAUUGACACCAAUGUCAUCACCGUCCACUAUCAUGCUCCUGAGGCAUCGGCGUUACCAUUCAUUGCUCAGUCCCUCAUGACACAAACCUCUGUGGCUGUGGUGGACUUGGAUGGGAAAUUGAUUGGUGAAAUCUCACCUUUAGCGCUGAAUGCAUGUGAUGAGUCUGUUGCUGCAGCCAUCAUGACGCUCUCAGCUGGGAAUGUAAUGGCGUAUAUUGACUGUGGUGGACCGCCUGAGGACCUAGUUCAGGUUGUGAAAGACAGAUUGCUGAAGACGAAUUUGGAGCCUGCUUUGGAGUUGAUGGAGGAAGAUUCAUUUUCAUCAUACUCAUCCUCAUCUGAUGAUGAAGUUGGCAUGGGGAAGAGUGGGAGAUUGAGAGGGUAUGCAGCAAGGGUGGGGAGGAGAUCAGAGGCAAAUGUGUGCUACCCGCAGAGCUCAUUGGUGGCAGUCAUGAUCCAGGCACUCGCACACCGUGCAAAUUAUGUGUGGGUUGUUGAAGAGGAUGGAACUUUAGCUGGGAUUGUUACCUUUACCGGGAUGAUUAAAGUUUUCCGGGAACAUAUGAAGGGUAUUUGCUUUGGGCAGUAGAGAAAAAAAUUCAAUUUUCAGCCUCUAAAAUAUAAUAACAGAAAAUUUUGAGAAUAAAAAACUUUAUAGUUCUAUGAUUUGAUGAUUACUCAGUAAUGUCUGAUCUGAGUGUUCAUUUCAUGGAGAUCCCGAAAUUUUAAAAUAAAACAAAACUUGAAAUGGGAGCAUAAAGUUUGAAUCUAAAAGAAUUUCUGGGUUUUAUUAUUCUCAU